GAGGGCCUCAGAUGCCCUGUAUUCCAGAUGGGGCAAUGGCACUGGGAAGGCUGCUCCUGCUGCUGGCAGCCGCCCUGACCCUGACCAAAACCGGAGCGGGUGAGUGCGGGGUCCGAAGAGAAACGGGCUCUGAGAAGAGGGUCGCGGCCGGCACCUGGGAUGCUGCGUCCCCGCGUCGCCCACCAGACCCUCCGCCCCUUCUCCACCCACGUCCCGCGCCCUGCUCCCCUCUCGGACCACGGACCGCCGGGAGUCUCGGGAGGAGGUCCGAGUUUCACCGCGCGCCGCCCCCAGGCUCACACUCGCUGCGGUAUUUCGAGACCUCGGUGUCCCGGCCCGGCUUCGGGAAGCCCCGGUUCAUCUCUGUCGGCUACGUGGACGACACGCAGUUUGUGCGCUUCGACAGCGACGCGAAGAAUCCGAGAUAUGAGCCGCGGGCGCCGUGGAUGGAGCAGGAGGGGCCGGAGUAUUGGGAACGGAACACACGGAGAGUCAAGGGCAGUGAGAAGAGAUUCCAAGAGAGCCUGAGCACCCUGCUCAGCUACUACAACCAGAGCAAGGGCGGCAUUCACACCUUCCAGAAGUUGUCUGGCUGUGAUCUGGGGUCAGAUGGGCGCCUUCAAAGCGGGUACCUGCAGUUCGCCUAUGAUGGCCUUGAUUACAUCGCCCUGAAUGAAGACCUGGAAACCUGGACAGCAGCAGAUGUGGCAGCUCAGGAAACCCGACGCAAGUGGGAGCAGGCUGGUGCUGCUGAGAAACACAGGACCUACCUGGAGGGCAAGUGCCUGAUGUGGCUCCACAGAUACCUGGAGCUCGGGAAGGAGAUGCUGCUGCGCACAGACCCCCCAAAGGCACAUGUGACUCAUCACCCCAGAUCUCAAGGUGAUGUCACCCUGAGGUGCUGGGCCCUGGGCUUCUACCCUGCUGACAUCACCCUGACCUGGCAGUUGAAUGGGGAGGAGCUGACCCAGGACAUGGAGCUUGUGGAGACCAGGCCUGCAGGGGAUGGAACCUUCCAGAAGUGGGCAUCUGUGGUGGUGCCUCUUGGGAAGGAGCAGAAUUACACAUGCCAUGUGUACCAUGAGGGGCUGCCUGAGCCCCUCACCCUGAGAUGGGAGCCUCCUCCAUACACUGUUUCCAACAUGGUAAUCAUAGCUGUUCUGGUUGUCCUUGGAGCUGUGAUAGUCAUUGGAGCUGUGGUCAUCAUUGGAGUUAUGGUGUCUUUUGUGAUGAAGAGGAGGAGAAACAAAGGUGGACAAGGAGAGGACUGUGCUCUGGCUCCAAGUUAGUGUGUGGGGCAGGAUUGUCCUGAGGCCAUUAGAGUGAAGCUGGAGAUGUUAGGAGCUCUGGGAAUCCAUAAUAGCUCCUCCAGAGAAAUCUUCUCCAGAAAAAUCUUCUGGCAGCCUGAGUUGUACUGCGAUAUUAAUACAUACAUAUACAUGUGCAUAUACAUUUGUUUUAUUUUACCCUAGGCAGGGACAGCGCCCAGAGCUCUGAUAUCUCUCUCCUAGAUUGUAAAGGUGACACUCUGGUGCCUGAUUGGGGAGGGGCAAUGUGCAUAUGAUUGGGUUUCAGGGACUCCCAGAAUCCUGUGAGUGGUGGGUUGUUGGGAUGUUGUCUUCACAGUGAUGGUUCAUGACUCUCUUUCUCUAGCAUGAAGACAGCUGCCUGGAGUAGACUGAGUGAUAGCCAGUGUGUUCAGGUCUCUCCUGUGACAUCAAGAGUCUUUAGACAUCAGCUUUCUUUAGAAAAUGGUGUCUCAUGUUCUCUGCCACACCAACCCCAGUAGCAGCCAUGUGACAAGUUGCACAGACUGAGGUAUACUUCAAAAGAAGGAGGCCUCCUGGAACCAGUUGUGGAACUCUUGGCCAGAGUAUUAUAUUGAGUCUUAGUUCUCAUGGCAAUUGAUUUAUUUUGUUUUCUCUUAUUCCUUUUCUUAUUUACAUGUUCCUCGUAACCUAGGCUAAGAUCUCAUGUGAAAGUAAUGGGUUAGAAACCAUCCCUAGAAUUGGGGUCACUAACAUGACCUUAUCUGGGGAAACCAACGCUUUACUUUAGAAAUUAUUUACAAAAUUAUAUAAUAGUAUUACACAGAUAAAAACUUUUCCAACAAUAAAAUUUCAUGUGGCUACAUGUGUGUUAUCGGAGGUGGGCUUUGGCAUGUGGUAAAGAAAGUCUUAAAUAAAAAGAAUUAACAUAGUUUAAAUUUAAGCACUGAAAAAAAUCAGGCAUUAGAUGUUAAAUAAUAAUUGACCAUAAAGAUUUAUUAACAUGUCUUGAACAUAUGCCAGUAGCCUUGGAUGACUGCCCCACAACUUAUAUUCUUUUAGAGUUGUUAUACUUCAAUCAUUUCUACUCUUCAUGAUGUCACCUGUUCUGUUUGUGAUUCACUGAACACAUCUUUACAGAGUUGUAAUGUUUGCCUGAUUUUUGUGCUUUCCUGUGCCAAAUGAUAAUGAUGGUAUUUGUGAUUGCUUCACUGGACACAUCUUCAAAGUGUUGUAAUAUUUGCUCUUUUAAUGUUUAAAAACCCCUGCUUGAGAGCUGCAAAAUACACUCGGAUUCAUACUGCC